GCAGAGGCCGGCCGGGUGGCGGCCAUGGACCGCUUCGUGUGGACCAGCGGCCUCCUGGAGAUCAACGAGACCCUGGUGAUCCAGCAGCGCGGGGUGCGCGUCUACGACGGCGAGGAGAAGAUAAAAUUUGAUGCUGGGACUCUUCUUCUUAGUACACACCGGCUGAUUUGGAGAGACCAGAAAAAUAAUGAGUGCUGCAUGGCCAUUCCCCUGUCUCAGAUUGUUUUCAUCGAGGAACAGGCGGCUGGAAUCGGGAAGAGCGCCAAAAUAGUGGUCCAUCUGCACCCAGCUCCUCCUAACAAAGAGCCCGGUCCAGUCCAGAGCAGUAAGAACUCCUACAUCAAACUCUCCUUCAAAGAACAUGGCCAGAUUGAGUUUUACAGGCGUCUAUCAGAGGAAAUGACACAGAGAAGAUGGGAGACGGUACCAGUUUCCCAGUCACUACAAACAAAUAAAGGAUCCCAGCCAGGAAGAGUACGAGCUGUUGGGAUUGUAGGUAUUGAGAGGAAACUUGAAGAAAAAAGAAAAGAAACCGACAAAAACAUUUCUGAGGCCUUUGAAGACCUGAGCAAGCUGAUGAUCAAGGCUAAGGAAAUGGUGGAGUUAUCAAAAUCAAUCGCUAAUAAAAUUAAAGAAAAGCAAGGCGACGUCACAGAAGAUGAGACCAUCAGGUUUAAGUCGUACUUGCUGAGUAUGGGAAUAGCCAACCCUGUUACCAGGGAAACCUAUGGCUCAGGCACACAGUACCACAUGCAGCUGGCCAAACAGCUGGCUGGGAUAUUACAGGCACCUUUGGAGGAACGUGGGGGGAUAAUGUCACUCACAGAGGUGUACUGUUUAGUGAACCGGGCCCGAGGAAUGGAGUUGCUCUCACCAGAAGAUCUAGUAAAUGCAUGCAAGAUGCUGGAAGCACUGAAAUUGCCUAUCAGGCUCCGGGUGUUUGACAGUGGUGUCAUGGUCAUUGAGCUUCAGACACACAAGGAAGAGGAAAUGGUGGCCUCAGCCCUGGAGACAGUUUCAGAAAGGGGAUCCUUAACUUCCGAAGAGUUUGCCAAACUUGUGGGAAUGUCUGUCCUUCUGGCUAAAGAAAGGCUGCUUCUUGCAGAGAAGAUGGGCCACCUUUGCCGAGACGACUCCGUGGAAGGCUUGCGGUUUUAUCCAAAUUUAUUUAUGACACAGAACUAAGAAUUUUGUACCUGAAAUAUUUUUUUGUCAACGUGCUUGCAUUUUGCCAAGGUCUCAUGACGUUGAGCUAAGAGAUAAACCCAAAAAAACCAAGAAUUUGUUAGAACUUCACAGUAUAAUAUAAAACUCUGAAUCUCUCCCAAAACAUGGUCUCAGAAACUUAUUUAGGGUACACAUAGGAAAAUACAUAAAAAUGAAUAUGCAUUUAAAGUCAUGCUAUAGCUGUGUAGAACUCCUGGGAAAUAACUUGAAACCUGGUGGAUAUUAAUUUGAUCCUGAGUUCAGGUCCUUGGAGGAAGAAAAAGUCAAGUUGCAUGUUUGGAUAGAUCAGGUAGUCAUUUUGCCAUGACUACGCCUCACCGAAUUGUAAAUGUUUUCCUCUGCAUCUAAUGUGCCCAUCUUUGGGGCAGGCAUGAAGGAAGGGGGCAGCUACACUGUGGUUUAAGAACCAACAGCACUGAAAUAAAAAAAAAAAAAAAUCAAGCUGCAGAAAGCCGUAUCAGGCUCUUCCUAGGAGGCAUUGGAAGCAGAUUUAGGCAUGCCUCUACCAGAUCAAAUAAAAUAUCUUUGGAAAAGGAGAGGGCUGGCCUAGGAUGCAGAGGCCUUGGGCUUUCGACCUACCACCCCUGGGGAAGGAGGGGGUAAGGAAAUGUUAUGCAUUUACUCCUCAGGUUCUUUUUAGUUUUUAAGCGAUAAUUUCAUGAAUAGCAUUUUUAAAGUCUACAGGAGUAUCAUUUUAUUUACGAAAUGUGGACUUUGAAACGGAAGUAAAGAGCUGUAUAGACAAGCCCCGAGUUGUAAUCCCAGUAGGAGAGUUGGAAAGUUCUGGUUCUGGAAGGGCAUGAAGUGCAUAGGACCUUAGGAACAUAUGUGAAGCUAGGCUGUGAGAUAGGAAAAGGUUAGCAGAUCUCCUUUCUCUUCUCACAGGAAGUCUCAGUACUCAGCCAGAAGCAUAUUCCUAUCAUAGGCCAGCCAUGUUCCUUUCUUCUGUGCCCUCCAUGCCAUCCGUUGCUGAUAACAGAACCUGGCUAGCACCACCUCCAGAUUGCUGGAGCUUUAAGUAGGUUGCCCGACUUCAUAUGUAUAGCAUGGUGACAUUACCUCAAACUCAGAGCCUGUAGGACAGAAGGUGACCGCCUUUUGGAGACUGAGCUGGAAGUGGGAAGGCGGUAAUAGUGUGGCCUUGGAACCACAGGGAGGGACUCGAAGGCAUACUCCCUGGGAGUUUGAGGAUACUCUGGACAGAGUGGAGGCUACUGCAGAUGACCUGUGGAGACGUACCAGUGUCCUCAGCUGCAAACCAGGGAGCUCCACCCUGACACCUUCCUGGAAAGUGACUGUUGCUGCCUCUGUUCUCCAGUGUCAUGAGACCGCUGUGGCCAUGGCUGCCUUCUUAGUGUGGGUUUUCCAGUCUGUCAUUGAUGGUGGUGACGUUAGAUCUCCCCUAAUCACCUCAUUCUUUAUCUCAGGGUUACUUGAGGGUUAAUUCAGAGUUGGCUACCCAAAUCUUCUAGGGAUUGGGUAGACCAGUGUCGGUUUAUUAGUGUGUCUCGACUCUCUCUGGGAUGCACAUAGUCCAUCACAUGGGCCUGAUGCUCACACACACACACACAUACACGCACGAGCACUCACUCACCUUGUCAAACUAAGGUUCUUCAAAUCCACAGGUCACUGAUAACCUGUUUUAGCACUUGGACUGGUUGUUGAGUUGUAGGGGCUACUGGAUCUAGCUCUAAUGGUUUGGCAUCACCACAGUAAACAUACUACAUCUGUUUAUUCAGUGUGACAGGAGAUUAACAAAAAUGGAGCAGUCUGAUUUGUAGAAUGUGGAAAAAAGAUGAAGUGACAUAAACAUACUUUGAAAAAGUCACAUUGAUUAAAAAGAAGAAGAAGGAGGAGGAGGAGGAGAAGGAGAAGAAACAAACAUUGUUUGGGUUUGUUGUUGUUGUUGUGUUGUUUUUAAAUCACUGUUUCUGGACCUUGGUUUAUCCUUUGGCUCUUCUUUUCUUGCCCAGUGUGUCACUGUGGUCCUUUGGUACUGGCUGUGUUUAAAUACAAACCAUUCAAGCCCUGGGUGCACAAAUGUCCUGCUCUUGGUGCUCAUCACUGUCACUUUUGUUUUCCUGACUUUGCUCUUAGGAGCAUGGGUAUGUAAGUGUAUGAUAACGAAUAGUUUAGUCACUGUCAAGAAAAUGAAUUUAUGCUGUAUAACUGAAGGCUGUUGUCAGGGUUAGAUGAUUCGUAUUGAUGUAUACACAGUAAAAUUAUUGUAAAAUUUUAAACUGAUUUUCUUAACUUGAUGUUCUUUUUAAAAUUUCUGUAAAAUACAUGAAAGUGAUAAAUGUUUAGUCACACUAAGUCAA